UGUGAUCGACUGCAUCAGACCUGAUCCUCUCCUCUGCUCUCUGCUAUCUGUUGAUCUUCCUGGAUUACAGCAGGAAGCGGACGUUCUUAGAAUAACACGGAGCUAACGAGGCUAACAGGGACAGCACAGACAAACACAAACAAACACAGCAGCUUUAUUAGUCUGUUUCCUCUUCAUACAACGUGACAGUUUGAUAAACCGCCUCGUUUCCACACGGUUACCCUCACACAGGAGUGCGGGCUGCUGCCAUGUUGGACGGGCCGGCUGGGUUUGGAGGCUCUUCCUUCCUCCGGGCUGAAGAUGUCGGUGAGACUCGCUAGCUGCUCCUGAGCUCCUCUCUGCUCCUCUCUGCUCCAGAAGUCUGCUGUGGUGGCUCACUCAGAUCAGGGAAUGACGAUGCACAGCACUCCCGUGUCCCAGGACCCCUCCCAUGGUGCAGGGGAAGGGGCGGAGCUAAUGCACACCUUAUCCAAAGAGACCCUGGGGUCUCCAGAUGCCUCUGAGUUGGGGAGCCCUCGCUGCACUCCACACUUUGACCUCCUCAACAUGGUCGUGUCCUAUAAGAGGAUGGCUCUGUUUCUGGAGCCCGUCACAGACGCAGUGGAGCUGGUGCGCUUCCUGCUCGGAUGGAAGAUGCCCGUGUGCUCUCUGCUGGUCUGUUUAUUCGUCAACGUCUUCUUCUGCACUGUCACUGAAGUGGGCUGGUUUACAGUGGGUUUGGUGGCACUGUCGGCGCCUGCUGCCCUGGGUUACCUGCAGGACAGGUGUGGGGGCAGAGCCUCAGAAGCAGAGCUGGAGAAAAGACGCUUCCAUGCAGUGCACCGCAGAGACCUGCAGACUGUGCACCUCACCAAACAGGAGGCCAUGAUGGAAGUCAAAGACCUGUUGAAGCACCUUGACGACAUGCUUUCAUCAGCCUGCCUGUCAGCCGAAGCUAUUUACAAGGUCCUGUACUGGGAUAAUCACACCAAGUCAUCGAGGUUCUAUGGAGGAAUGUUGAUCAUGGUUUGUCUGCUCUAUGUUGUUCCUGCCGGCUGGGUGAUCGCUCUGUUCAACAGCACCAUCUUCCUGUGGAACAGAGACUUCUUCAGAGUUUUGUUGGACCUUCGGAAGCUGACCCACAUGGGCCAGACUGAGGCCUUAGAGGGGGCAGUGGAAGACCAGGAGCUGGGCAACUUGUUGGACAGGACGCCCACACCGACAAGUAUCGAGGACCUGUCUCCUGGCAGUGUGGAGGAAGCGGAGGAGGCGGAGCCUGAUGAUGAAUUUAAAGACGCCAUUGAGGAAACCCCUCUGGUCUUAGUGGAGGACGAUGACGGGCCUCUUGGCGCUCCUGAGUACGACACCAUCUCUGAAAAUGGUCUCUUGAGCCGCAACGAGCCAAUACGCGCCAAGGUGUCCAAACUGACAGAGAAGCUACGCAAACGCUACCCUACCACCAGCACAGGCAACUGUUCAAACUGUAGCGCCGUGUUCUCGGUGCUGAAGAAAAGGAGGAGCUGCAGUAACUGUGGCAACAGCUUCUGCUCCAGAUGCUGCUCCUUCAAGGUGCUGAGGUCUUGCAUGGGGGCCACAGCUCCAGAGGCUCAGAGAGAGACUGUGUUUGUUUGUGCUGCCUGUAAUACCUCCCUCAGCAAGUUACAAUGAGCUGGCCCAUCUCCAGCUGGAGAUGAUUCACUGUUUGCCCCCAAGGCCUACUCCAAGUCACUGAAACCCUCUCAUGCCUCUGUUAUCGAGCGAGGCACUUCUGUCCGUCAAAAUACCUCCUGUGUUGAACUCCCACCCCCUCCCUCCCUCCCUCCCUCCUACACUCACCUUACCUAAACCACUUGCAUCCCUCUCUGGAGCUACUUGUGUUGCUUGUCAGACUUCUCCUGUAUGAAGUCCAACAUGUCCUCUUUCAUCUCUUAAAUGAAGAACUGGACCUUAUGAAUCAUGAGACUUUUUGCAGAGCUCUAAAAUGAAAGGAGCUUUUCUCUUUGCUGAGCAGAGGGAAGGUGGAGGCCAGAACUGAGCUGGUGGUGUCAGUUGUUACAGAUAAGGUUAUGGGCUGUCAGUCUUUCUGCUCCUUCACGCUUUGCCAUGCCACAAAGCUGAUUCCUCUUAAAUAUCUUCAGCCCUGUGUAGCAGAUGAAGUGUACUGUAAUGCAGAGAGGACUUUCUGUGACAACACGAAAUACGGUUCUGUAUGUGCAACCAAAAAGAAGCCCUACAUGUGUUUUAGCACCUCGUUGUCUGCAGGCCGCCCAGUCGACUUUAUCUGAGUUUGAGCCUGGCCUCUUCACCAACCUUCACCACACUUACAACCUAGCUCAUCAACAGAAUCACGUGAUUAGUUCUAGGUUUGUCGGUUUGUUGGUUUGUCUGAGGCUUCAGAGGCAGUGUUUUCCCGUUUCUCUUGGCGUCUACUAUCACUGCACCCAAAACAUUCCUCUUGUUACCGUGCACAUGUUUUCCCAUGCCUCAUGUUGGUAAAUGAAGGGGCAUUUUGCUCAGAGAGCUACAUUCAAGAGCACAAAGCAGUUUUAAUAAAACUCACCGACUUUGUUGAGGUUUGUUUCCUUGGCUGGUGUUUUCAGCAGCUUACAAAACAUGAAGGGAACAGAGAUGAAUCUAUGAUAACUGGCAGUGAAUUGAAAAUGACUGCAGUGAUUACGUUACAUGUUUGAUAAGUUACCUGUGAUUGUUUCUGAGAGUACAAUGAACAAGGAUUUGUUUAGUGGACUGACUUGGUCUACUCGUACUGAUCAAAUUUGUGCUUCAUCCUGGAUCUACUUCUCCCUGUGAUGACAGGUUAGACUUCUGGAGGAUAGCUGCAGAGUAGAAGUAAUGAAAAACUACUCUAGGACCCUGUUGCUCAUUUAUUCCUCGUACUGGAUCAAAGUUGACCUAACUGGACUAAAGUUGUUAAAUGAUCUGAUUAACCAGCUCAAGUUGUCGUAAGAGCCUCACACUCUUGCAAGCGGGACUUCAAAGAACUAAUGUGGAGGCGUUAAAUCCGAUCAUGUGGAUCUUGGUGGUGAAGUAGUUUUAAUCAUGAUUCAGACACAGAUGAUUGUAACUGUUUGCUUUUAUUGUAAUCACACAUAAACUGUUAUUAUGAAAUGUUCUACUAUAUCUAAUAUAUUUAAUUUAAAACUCCAGAAAGUGCAAAUUAUUAUUUGAUCCUUUUCUCUCUGUACAUAUUGUCCUUAUUUUAUGGAUGAGAAAUGACAUUAUCGAAAUAAACUGGGAUGGUUUGAUUACCGUCAACACAACA